AUGUGGUGCCGGAGCCUGGCGGGGCUGCUGGGGCUGCCGGCCCGGCGCAGCGGGAGCAGCAGCGGGAGCUCCAGCCGCGCUGGGAGCAGCAGGGGGAUCAUCUCCAGCCCUGGGAUCAUCUCCAGCCCUAGGAUCAGCAGCCCUGGGAUCAGCAGCCGUCGCCCUGUGGGGCCGCCCUCAGGCCCGGGCCCCGUCCUGGCUGCCGCAGCUCGCUGGCAUCACACGGCCCCGGAGUCCCUCCAAUGUGCCUGGCAGUUACACCGGGACCAUCUAGAGCUGAGCUACGCCGGGACGCUGAUGCGGUGGAGGCCAGACGGGCACGUGACGCGCUAUGGGCUGGAGUGGCUGGUGAAGAACAGCUACGAGGGGCAGAAGCAGCAGGUGAUGCAGCCACGGAUCCUCUGGAAUGCUGACAUCUACCACCAGGCCCAGGUCCCCUCCGUCGACUGCCGGAGUUUCCUGGAGACAGACGAGGGGCUGAAGGAAUUCCUGCAGAACUUCCUGCUGUAUGGGAUUGCUUUUGUGGAGAAUGUCUCUCCCACCAAAGAGGACACUGAAAUCCUGGCAGAAAGGAUCAGCCUUAUCAGGGAGACCAUUUAUGGCCGCAUGUGGUACUUCACCUCUGACUUCUCCCGGGGGGACACAGCCUACACCAAGCUGGCCCUGGACCGGCACACGGACACCACCUACUUCCAGGAGCCCUGCGGCAUCCAGGUGUUCCACUGCCUGAAGCACGAGGGCACGGGUGGGAGGACACUGCUGGUGGAUGGUUUCUAUGCAGCAGAGCAGGUUCUGCAGCGAGCCCCCGAGCAGUUUGAGCUGCUCACCAAGGUGCCCCUGAAGCACGAGUACGUUGAGAACGUGGGAGGCUGCCACAACCACAUGAUCGGCGUCGGGCCCGUCCUCAACGUCUACCCCUGGAACAACGAGCUCUAUCUCAUCAGGUACAACAACUACGACCGGGCAGUGAUCAACACGGUGCCGUACGACGUGGUGCACCGCUGGUACGCGGCACAUCGCUCUCUAAGCACCUCCAGGACCAGUCCCAUCAGAGGGUCCUGGCCCUGCUUGGUGCUCUCCCUGCUCCUGAGAGCCCUUCCCCUCCUCCCACAGGCCCUGUUUGUGGACAACUGGCGGGUGCUGCACGGUCGGGAGGCCUUCACGGGCUACCGGCAGCUCUGCGGCUGCUACCUCACCAGGGACGACGUGCUGAACACGGCGCGGCUGCUGGGGCUGCAGGCCUAG